ACGUUACGAUCCAAUUGUGUUGGCGCCAUCCAAAACUAUGAGUACGAUCACUGUUGCAGUCCGUAGAAUUUCAUACUAACAUUGUGAUUACAGUGGAGUCGUUUGAUUUUGACAGGCGCUUGAGUACGCAUGUUGUGUCCUCGGUGCGAUGACGGAGGUACGUGAAGAGUUGACGGGGGAGCCCUUCGACCAAAAUAUUAGCGUCUACGUGAACGCCAAGAUGGAAGCAUUUUGCACCGACCUCAUAUUUCCUUUCGGGAUUCCAGCUAACGGCCUUAUUUCAUUGUUCGUGGGUGACUUUUCGGCUUCGUACACCCCAGAAGCCUGUGAGCAUCCGGAAGCGGCUGAUAAAGUCAUCAAACAGAAACUGGUUGUGCUUUGUCGACCAUACCAGGGUAAGCCCACAUGUGUCGCGGUGCCCCGUUUAGUGUCGAACGAAGGCGAAAAUGUUGUGGAAGAGUCGCACGAAAGCACCGUUCCCUCGCAAGACAUUAUGGAAACCGUAUGGAAGGAAGCAAAGUCCACAAGUGAUAGAAUGACAAUCAGCGCGGCUCACUUGAAACUACCCAGCACUGAGCUUGACGAAAACGACCGUGCUUCUGAAGUGGAUUUUGAAGAGUUCACUGUUGGCUCUCCGGUUCCGAGUGUAGAUGAUGGUGAUGUGUCCGUGUCACGGUCUGAGUCCCCAGUUGACCCCGAACUGCCGCAUAUUAUUGACCGCUCUGCGCCAGCUUUUCACUUAUUCUCUACUUCAGACGAGUCCGGAGACGAUUCGCCUUGCGUGAAGAAGCGAAGAAGUCUCUUCAGAAGAGGAGCUGCAGCAGUGCGGAGCUCUGCGAAAUCCUCCGAUGACGAGCCAGUGGGUGACUACGAUGUGGACGAGUUUGUUUGUGGCAUCUGUGACAAGAGCUUUCGAACGCGGCAACCUUGUCAGCGCCAUGUAUGGGGGCAUCUCAAUCCACCAGAGAGUGCCAAGUGCUUCAAGUGUCCAGCAUGCAGCAAGGCUUUUACCACCAGUUGGGCACAGAAGUACCAUUACAAGAUGAAGCACGUUGGGGGCCGGCACAUGUGCUCACAGUGUGAUGCAUCUUUUGAAAGUGAUGUAGCGCUCUCUCUUCACAUUCGUCGUGCGCACACUGGCUGCACCAAGAUUCAUACAUGCGAGUACUGCCUACACAUGUUCCAGCGGCAGUAUGCUUAUAGCAUACACGUGGGUAAGAAGCACCAAGACGGUGCAUUUGAGAUGCUAAGCCGCACCCCUGGACUUGAGCUUCACUGUUCGCAUUGCUCCAGCUUCACCACAUCGUCUGACAUGGUACUCACUCAGCACCUACAGAGUGUGCACCCUGAGGCCAAGACAUUUGGUUGCACAAUGUGCUCGCUCAUAUUCCAGGAGGAAAAAGACCGAGAGGAGCAUGAGUGGGCUUGGCAUACUCUUAAGCUGGACCACCAUGGCAAUCAACUUGUCUACCGCUGUCACUUCUGUGACAAGCGCAUCACCACGCUGCCCAGCUUCUCCUCUCACCUUCAGCUUCACUUGGGUGUGCGCAAAAAGUUGUUCUUGUGCCCCACCUGUGGUCAACAGCUUGCCACUGCUGCCACACUCAAGGUCCAUAUGACGUUGCACGAUGACAAACCGUGGCUUCAAUGCCCACAUUGCUCCCGUCAAUUCCGUAACCGCAUAUAUAUGCGCAAGCAUAUAUGGCGGUUCCACAAUGCACGGCUAUGCUGUACCUGUUCACACUGUGGUAAAAAAUUUAUAACUGCCCAAGAAGUUCACAAGCACCUAGCAGCCAUGCACAUUAAUGACCUCUCACCUGAUGAAUUGGCUCUGGUUGCUAAGCUGAAAAAGUACCCGUGUGAGCUGUGCCCAUUUGUGGCAUACAGUUACAGGGGUUUGAGGGUGCACAUGUCAGAUCACCCAGAGGCACAGUGGCUCAAAUGCAGCCGAUGCUCGCACUAUUACCCGGAUGAGGCAAAGCUGCUUGCUCAUGAAGCACGGGCGCACAAGACAGGUGAAAUGGUGAAGUGUCCUUGUCCACUCUGUCCACGAGUAUUCUACUCAAAUGCCUCAUUUGACGAACACACUCAGUUACAUGCAAAUGGUAAUGGCAUAAAGUGCGUGCAAUGCAACAUGUUGUUUAGAACAGCUCCGGAACUGGAACGGCACACAGAGCGCCAUGGACCAACCAUUGCUCAAACAUGUGAAGACUGUGGACGCACGUUUGUCUCCGUAAGGAGCCUGCAGAUGCAUCGGCGGUUUUCACACCCGAAGUGCGGAAAACGGCAGUUGCCUAGUGUGAAAAGCCACAGCACCAGCCAUCAGUGCCCACAAUGCGAGCAACAGUUCCAGUUUGCCAGUGGCCUGCAGGCACACACAGUUUACAGGCAUGACUAUGCAAACUCUUCCAGUGAGAGCAAGUUGCCUUGCCCCAUUUGCGGAAGGAUAUGCAGCUCGCAGGUCGCCAUGUCGGUGCACUUGCGGAUCCACCUCAACGAGCAGCCAUAUAUAUGUGAGCUCUGUGACAAGAGGUUCACUACCUUUGGAGCAGCCAAGGCACACAGUACUCGCCACUUGACCAUGAAGAACUUUCAGUGCAACAUAUGCAGCAAGCAGUUCUUGCAGCAUAAAAAACUUGUUGAACACAUCCACACGGCACACCCCAUGCAAUCCGAAACAGAACCGUCUGUCUGUUCUGAUGCUGGCCAGCUGGAAAUGGUUGUGGAGGAAACAGUGGUAGAGACAUUAGGUCAUUUUGUUGACAGUGCUCAUAGUUCAAUGCCACAGUUAUAUCUGUGAAAGGUUGGGACAUGAAUAUUUGUGAGCAUGCCUUGCCGUGCAGACUUCACAAUGAGACACACAGCCUGUGUAAUGGAGGCAUUGCGAUAUGAUAGUUUCUAGGGAAAGGCACAUGAAUGAGUACAAAAGGCCCAUUCUCACGGUUGUUUGGAAGUCUCUCAAGCGCUGUUUGAGCCAGACAGGAGCAGUCUGCAAUGCCAUCCUUAAAAUUAACACAAGUGACUUUACAUCUGUGGGCAGCUUUGUCCACUGUUGUGCAAGCAUGUGAGCUGCCCGCUUCACUUCAGUGAGCGAUGCCUGGUAGCGGUUUCAGUGCUUGAGAUAUUCUGCACAAGAGCAUGCAUGUCCUAACAUAUGUAGAGACCUGGACACUUUGCUAUUUGUGGUGACGUUGGUGACUGUCAAUGGGAAGGCUUUUGUUUGUCAGGUUUGCACAUGGUCCAAUGUCACUGUCUCAGUGCACCUCAGGUCAGUGGAAACAUGCACGGGGGCUGGUAAUAAAUGCAUCCGAUUUUUCAUGUCACUAAGUAUUAAGAAAGUACAUCAGCUUUCACUGAUUUUAAAUAAUGUCAACACCCAAUAAAGUGACUAUGUAGAGCACGUACUAAUCGAUAGCAUAAGGGUUCAAAUGUACAUCUAGCCCUUUCGCUGAAUUUCUGGUUUUGCCAUGGCUUCUCAAAUGGCAGUAAUGCAAAGAAUGCUAUCUGGAAUGCUCAUUAAGCAUGCACCAUUUGUUCGAAAGGAUCAUGUGGGCGUUAUCAGUGCAUGCUUUUUUUUUGGGGAGAAAUGAAGCUUAUCAAUGCUGCCAGACAUGGAAAGCAGUUCUGCAUGUCUACUAGGCUACGCAUGCCCAUAUUCACACACUCUUGGACCCGGUAGCUGCUGCCAGGUGUCACCCCACAGAGCAGAGAGAGCGGCUCGCAUGCUCUGCAUGGCAGUGUGUGGGACUGUACUUGGCACCCAAGGUAUGCAAGAUACCCAUUGUCUAGUCCAGCCAACACACACAGAGAGUAGCUCCAGCCUCUUCAGAGCAACUCUGUGGUAAUUUUUUGCAGAUUUAAUGCCAUAUUGGGGACCCGGUGUCUGAAUACUGAGACUGUCUGUAGGUGAGGAACCACUUGUACUUGAGAGCAUUAGUAAUGAAUUCGGCAUAUAUGCUGAUGAAGCAGUAUUUUAAAUGUUUACGGAGCUUCAGAACAUUAACAUUAUUACUUUUUUUAACUUGGUAAAUGAGAAAACCCACUUGUUGCAUGAUGUCAUCAACAUGCAAGUAAAAAAUUGAUCUCCACAAGUGCAUGCACCUUCAGAAGUACAGCGCUGCUCAAAAGAUACUCCUUUGCACUGGCCAUUUCAAAUCCAUACCAUCAUCCAUGUUGCGUGCUAAUGUAAACUUAUGAUAUUUGACUGUUCAUUACAUUCUUUCAAACAUUUUAACAUGACAGUAAAGUGAACGAAAGCAAGAGCAGAGUGUGGGGGGUUGUAAGUUUGGGCUGAUAUGUUAUGACAAAACAAACUGAUUUUGGCAAGUUGCAUAUCAAAAACAGGUCAUAACCAGGUAAAUGUGUAAGCUAACGCAAAAUCAAAAAUGCAACAUGAUGACUUGCUGCUAGAUAAUGCAUUGCUCGUACCAUUGGAGGACUGUAACUUUCCAUCUGUUAGGGAUUAUGAAAGGACAUGAAAAGCCAUGACAUUCCAAAGCAUUUGCAGCCCUCAUUGCUAAGCUGAUGUAUACCCAUAAAAAACAAUGCAAGAGUGUUCCAAGGCCUGUUCGGGAAGUAAAGGCUGCAAACUAUCAGGUUUUGCUGCACACUUUCUUGCAACAGAAGUGCUGUUCCUGAUUUCAAAGUCAAAGGUAGAGUUUCUGAGCUCAGGUCAGAUAUCUUUUCUUUGACAUUUUUUUUUUUAACCAGUUGGUCGUAUGUUAUAUUGUUCAAGUGUCAAGCUCAGCAUUUUGUUGCGUCUUGUGAAGACAUGCGCAAAGGUAGCAGCAGCUACUUAUUGUGUGAUCUACGAAAACUUCAGUGUCUUGGCAAUUCAUGCUUUGUUUUGUUUUGACCAUUAUUUGUGCUUUUCACUCCCAUGAUGUCAUGCCUGCAUUGUAGUAGUGCUUGUAUCUAGCACGAGUUUAGAGCCUUCAAGCUUGUAGAUUACAUUUGCAGGAUGUAGAACAACCAAUGUCACUUUUUAUGUACAGGCACUCUUCCAUUUGGAUGAUAGUGUGGCUCUCUAAAGGAUUCUUUUUUGCUGUGAUAGGCUUAUAAGUAGGGGUGUGCGAAUAUUCGAAAUUUCGAAUAUUUUUCGAAUAGUGUUUGCUAUUCGAUUCGAUUCGCACUGAAAUUUUACUAUUCGAACUAUUCGAACUUCAACAAAAACAAAUACAGUCAACGUCCGAUUGAAAGUGACCCCUUCAGAGUUUCAAUAUGCUUCACCUCAUUACACUCUCGUAUUGCGGCAAAGCUACCUUUCAAGCUCCGUUGCGGUCGAACUUAGCCAAGAGACAGUCAACGUCCGAUUGAAAGUGGUCCCUAGAUUUUCAAUGUGUUUCACCUCAUCACACCCCCGUAUUGCGGCAAAGCUACCUUUCAAGCUCCGUUACGGUCGAACUUUGCCAAGAGACAGUCAACGUCCGAUUAAAAGUGGUCCCCAAUUUUCAAUAUGCUUCAC